AUUCGUGGAAUAAAUUGAUUACCUUAAAAACCACCUUGCACUAUCUUCAUUGAUGUUUCAAAGGGUCAACAUGGAGAAGACUCAUGCUUCAGUUUAGAAGUUCUUGAACCCAAAUCUUUAUUUCAAGAACUGGGGUUUUGAGUUCUUGAUAACAUAGUACAUAGUAUUGUGUUUCUAGUUAGUUCAACAUGGACGGUAGUAAUCUUUACAACUUGAGUAACAGUGUGAGGAACAGCAGGAACAGCAGGAGUACUAGAGAGAGAGCAGGGAGUUUGAGAUCAAGCAGUUCUGCAAUAUGGAGGAGCAGUGGGAUGGAAGUGUUUUCAAAGUCUGCAAGAGAUGAAGAUGAUGAAGAGGCUUUGAAGUGGGCUUCUCUUGAGAAGCUGCCUACUUUUGAUAGGUUGAGAAAAGGCUUGCUUCUUGGUUCUCAAGGGGCUGGGGCCAGUGAGAUUGAUAUUGAUAAUCUUGGAACUGAAGAGAGGAAGAAGAUUCUGGAGAGGCUUGUUAAUGUUGCUGAAGAAGAUAAUGAGAAGUUCUUGUUGAAGCUCAGGGAUCGAGUUGACAGGGUUGGAAUUGAUUUGCCACUCAUAGAAGUGAGAUUUGAGAAUUUGAAAAUUGAUGCAGAAGCUCAUGUUGGAAGCAGGGCUUUGCCUUCUUUUCUCAACUUCAAUAUUAGUAUAGUGGAGGGGUUGUUGGAUACUCUUCAUUUACUACCAAACAGAAAGCAGCGGUUAACUAUACUUGAUGAUGUUAGCGGAAUCCUCAGGCCUUGCAGGAUGACAUUGCUUCUAGGUCCGCCAAGUUCCGGAAAGACCACAUUAUUGCUGGCUUUGGCUGGGAAGCUUGAUCCUACCUUAAAAUUUUCUGGAAGGGUGACUUACAAUGGCCACGAAAUGACUGAAUUUGUGCCUAAGAGAACGGCUGCCUAUAUCAGCCAACAUGAUCUCCAUAUAGGAGAAAUGACUGUCAGAGAAACUUUGGCAUUUUCUGCAAGAUGCCAGGGGGUUGGAUCACGCUAUGAAAUGUUGGCAGAACUGUCAAGAAGAGAGAAAGAUGCAAACAUCAAACCAGAUCCUGAUGUCGAUAUCUACAUGAAGGCUGCUGCAACGGAAGGUCAAGAGGCCAGUGUUGUCACAGAUUAUGUUUUGAAGGUUUUGGGACUUGACGUGUGUGCUGACACUAUGGUUGGAGACCAAAUGAUUAGGGGAAUAUCUGGAGGACAAAGAAAGCGUGUUACGACAGGUGAGAUGUUGGUUGGACCAUCAAAGGCACUUUUUAUGGAUGAGAUAUCCACUGGUUUGGACAGUUCUACCACUUAUCAAAUCGUGAAAGCACUCCGCCACAGCGUCCACAUUCUCCAAGGAACUGCUCUCAUUUCCCUCCUGCAGCCCGCCCCUGAAACAUAUGAUUUGUUUGAUGAUAUUAUUCUCAUAUCUGAUGGCCAGAUUGUGUAUCAAGGUCCUCGUGAAAAUGUACUGGAGUUUUUCGAAUCCAUGGGCUUCAAAUGUCCAGAAAGAAAAGGUGUGGCAGACUUCCUGCAAGAGGUUACAUCAAAGAAAGAUCAGAAACAGUAUUGGCUACGCAAAGACGAGCCGUACAGAUUUAUCACAGCCAUAGAAUUCUCUGAGGCUUACCAAUCAUUCCAUGUUGGGCGUCGAUUAGGAGAAGAUCUUGCAACACCAUAUGACAAGAACAAAAGUCAUCCAGCUGCUUUGACAACUGAUAAGUAUGGAGUUGGUAAGACAGAACUCUUGAAAGCUGUUACUGCGAGGGAGAUUUUGCUUAUGAAGAGGAACUCAUUCGUAUACGUAUUCAAAGUGUUCCAACUUACAACAAUGGCCAUUAUUACCAUGACACUGUUCCUAAGAACUGAGUUGCACCAAAAUUCGGUCACUGAUGGAGGGAUAUAUAUGGGCGCCCUAUUUUUUGGUGUGGUUAUGCUUAUGUUUAAUGGAUUAGCAGAGCUUGCAAUGACAAUAGCGAAGCUUCCAGUCUUUUACAAGCAAAGGGAUCUUCUCUUCUAUCCAACAUGGUCAUAUUCUCUUCCAGUGUGGAUCAUCAAGAUCCCCAUCACAUUUAUAGAAGUUGCUGUUUGGGUUGUCCUCACAUAUUAUGUUAUUGGAUUUGAUCCAAAUGUUGGAAGGUUUGUUAAGCAGUACAUAGUACUUCUACUCAUCAACCAGAUGGCUUCUGCACUAUUUCGACUUAUGGCAGCACUGGGAAGGAACAUGAUUCUUGCGUUCACAUUUGGAGGUUUCGCGUUGCUUGUACUUUUUGCAUUAGGUGGCUUUGUAUUAGCACGAGACGACGUAGCAAAGUGGUGGUUAUGGGGUUAUUAUUCAUCACCCAUGAUGUAUGGGAUGAACGCAAUUGCUGUUAAUGAAUUCCUUGGGCAUCAAUGGCACAAACUAGUUGAAGAUGGAUCUGAGACCAUAGGAGUUGCAAUUUUAAAGUCGCGAGGUUUCUUCCCAUAUGCUUACUGGUAUUGGAUUGGUGUUGGGGCAUUGAUUGGCUUCGUUUUGCUUCUCAACUUUGCAGUCGCAAUAGCACUUACGUAUCUUGACCCUCUGGGGAAGCCUCAAGCUGUUAUACCAGACAAAGAUUCUGCAGAAGCCAUUGAGUUGGCAUCCCGAGGAGGAACCAGUGCAGAGGCCAAUGAGAACAAGAAAAAAGGGAUGAUUCUUCCCUUUGAACCACAUUCCAUAACAUUUGAUGAGGUUAUGUACUCCGUUGACAUGCCACCGGAAAUGAAAGAGCAAGGCGUUGUUGAAGAUAAAUUGUUGCUUCUGAAGGGUGUGAGUGGAGCGUUUAGGCCAGGUGUUCUCACUGCUCUAAUGGGUGUCAGUGGUGCUGGUAAAACUACUUUGAUGGAUGUGCUUGCAGGUCGAAAAACUGGCGGUUACAUUGAGGGUAACAUUACAAUAUCCGGUUUUCCAAAGAAGCAGGAAACUUUUGCACGGAUAGCUGGAUAUUGUGAGCAGAAUGAUAUCCACUCACCUCAUGUUACUGUCUAUGAGUCACUAAUAUACUCAGCUUGGUUGCGGUUGCCUUCAGAAGUUGAUUCAACAACCAGAAAGAUGUUUGUUGAUGAGGUCCUAGAACUUGUUGAAUUGAACACAAUGAAGGCGGGAUUAGUCGGGUUGCCAGGCGUAAAUGGGCUCUCAACUGAACAGCGAAAGCGUCUGACAAUUGCAGUUGAGCUGGUGGCAAACCCCUCCAUAAUAUUCAUGGAUGAGCCUACUUCAGGUUUAGAUGCACGAGCUGCUGCAAUUGUGAUGAGAACAGUGAGGAAUACUGUGGACACAGGAAGAACAGUUGUUUGCACCAUUCAUCAGCCUAGCAUAGACAUUUUUGAAGCUUUUGAUGAGCUUUUCCUAAUGAAACGCGGAGGGCAAGAAAUAUAUGUGGGACCAGUUGGUCGUCAUUCUUGUGAACUAAUCAAGUACUUUGAGGGCAUCAAUGGAGUAAAUAAAAUAAAAGAUGGAUAUAAUCCAGCAACGUGGAUGUUGGAAGUUACUUCUUCUGCGCAAGAAAUGGUUCUAGGAGUUGAUUUCACCGAUGUCUACCAUAAUUCAGAUCUUUACAGGAGAAACAAGGCGCUCAUUCAAGAAAAUAGUUCACCUCGUCCAGGUGCAAAGGAUCUCUAUUUCCCCUCUCAAUACUCGCAAUCUUUCAUCACCCAAUGCAUGGCUUGCCUAUGGAAACAAAGAUGCUCAUACUGGCGAAACACAUCUUAUACUGCUGUUCGUUUCCUCUUUGCUACUGCUAUAGCAGUGAUGCUUGGCUCAAUGUUCUGGGAUCUUGGUUCCAAACUGCGAUCACGACAGGAUCUCUUCAAUGCUAUGGGUUCAAUGUAUGCCGCUUGCCUCUUCUUAGGGGUCCAAAAUGCUUCGUCAGUGCAGCCAGUGGUGGAUGUUGAACGAACGGUCUUUUAUAGAGAAAGAGCAGCAGGAAUGUACUCGGCCUUGCCAUAUGCAUUUGCACAGGUAUUGGUAGAAAUACCAUAUGUUCUUGCACAAGCUGGAGUGUAUAGUAUUAUCGUUUAUGCAAUGAUCGGAUUCGAUUGGACAGUAGUGAAAUUCUUUUGGUAUGUAUUCUUCACGUUCUUCACCCUGCUAUACUUCACUCUUUUUGGAAUGAUGACUGUCGCGGUGACUCCCAAUGCCGACAUUGCUGCAAUCAUUGCUGCUGCAUUUUUUGCAUUAUGGAACGUCUUUUCAGGAUUUAUUAUCCCUCGGCCUAAAAUGCCGGUCUGGUGGAGAUGGUAUUCAUGGGUAUGUCCAGUUGCUUGGACCUUGUACGGAUUGAUAGCAUCACAGUUCGGAGAUAGAGACGACAAGACACUUUCUGAUGUAAAAGUAACUGUUAAAAAGUUUGUCGAGGACUAUUUUGGAUUUGAACACCACAACGUAUGGGUAGCUGGGGCUGCCGUAGCUGGCUUUACCGUUCUUUUUGCAUACACAUUUGCCUAUUCCAUUAAAUCAUUCAACUUCCAAAGGCGGUAACGAGCUUCAGAGAGCAGCAUUUCAUCCCCAGUCGACGAAUUAUCCUGUCAGACAUUAUUUAGGACUGUAUGGUAUCAUGAUUUUUCAUCUAGGAAGAAGAGGUUAUUUGUUUCCUUUAUAGAUCAUCAAAUAGUUUGGACUACAUAUUUAGCUAAUUAGCUUUUGUUUGCCUCUCUUUUUGUACAAAACUGAAAGAUGUACAAUAUUCCUGUUUUAAAGUUUCAUAUAUGUUGAGCUCUGUAAUUAUUGGAGUCAA